AUGCCAUUCUCAGGCUGGUUCUCUCGUCCUUGGCGCUGUAUCUCCGGGGUUUUUGGCUACAGGCGAUCCCACGUCACACUCAACCAAGGUCGAAAAGCACAAUCUAUCGUCGAAGCAGACCAUGAAGUAGUCGAAUAUCACCACUACUGUCCACCCGGGGUCCAGCAAGUUCUUGCUUCUGGAACCAGCGCCUUCAUUGGAGAGGUUAAUAAUUCGACUGUCCUCAAGUAUCCUAUGGAGCCAGGAGGUGAUAUGACUCGUCUUGAACUCGAGCACAAGAUUCUCAUGAUCGUUGGCCAACACCCCGGGAUUAUCACGGACAAAGGAUUUACGGAAGCCGGCCUAUACCUCGAACGUGCAACAAAUGGGACAAUCCUGAAGUACCUCGCCGAUCCAAAUCAUCCCAGCCCUUCCCUUCAGCAGAGGAUAGUAUGGUGCCGGCAAAUAACAGAGGCGGUCCACCAUAUUCACGCAAAGAGGGUAAUUCACUGCGAUAUCCAACCCACAAACAUCUUGGUCGAUGAGGAGCUUCACCUCAAGCUGGCUGAUUUCCAAGGACGCUAUCUCUCGGAGGACGGCGAGGUUAUCUUCGAUGGGUGGAGUAGCGAGCCAUGUCGAUAUUUCUGUCCUAGAGAUGAUGAGUGUGAGGCCAGUUUCAGCACAGACCUCUUUGCACUCGGAUCAACCAUCUACUUUAUCAUGACCGGACACGAGGUCUUCCCUGAUAUUGCCUACGGGGAAGCUGGGUGGGAUGAGAAAGUUAGGUCUCGAUUUUCGGCGGGUAUCUUUCCGGAGGAUUCACACGCCUGUGUCAAUAUUACCCAAAAGUGUUGGAGGCAACAAUACAGCUCUGCAGAUGAAGUACUCAAGGAUAUGAGAACUAUCGAACAGGAGUUGAUAUGA